AGCAUGAGUUAUUGCCCAACAGAAUUCAAGGUGUGAAAUGACGAAAAUAGACACAUGACACGUUUAUUGCCCCUUUUCAAGUUUCGAAUCAAUCAAACCGGACGAUCCCGUCACUCCCCCCAUUCCCCACGCGGCGUUCCUUCCUCUUCUUCACGCCAUCAAUCAAAAACUUUGAAGCACUAGUUAAACUUGCACCACUCCCAUUCAGUUGAACAUUUCGCUUACAGAGAAGUUAGAGCGAGAAAAAGUUUUUUUCUAGAGAGAGAAAACAUCACUGGUACCUCCAAAACCUAUCAAUCUUCGCUUAUUCAUUUUCAUUACAUUGGGGAUUGUGUUUUGUUGAUUCUACAGCGUGAUCUUAUGCGAAUGAGAAUGUGGGCCGAUUUGUUGCUGUUUCAAUUGAUGAGAAUUGGGAAAUUCAGAAGUUGAAUUGGUUGAGUUCUGUUUCUGUUUAUUGUGAAUUGGAUUGAAGGUUGUUGUGGUGGUGUGAAGGAUUUGAUCAGGGGAGGUCCGACAUGAGCACCACCCAAGGGCAGGCCGUGACGGUUCGGGACCUCAUUGAAGAAGCUAAAAAGCGGAUUGUAAUCUUGCUCCUAUGUGUUAUUGGACUUUCGUAUAUCAUGUCUCUAACGAGCUCUUCAGUUUUUAUCAACUUGCCUGCUGCUGCUCUCCUAAUUGUUGUGCUUCGCUAUCUAUCUCUGGACUUUGAUGCACGAAUAAAAGCUGCUACAUAUAAAAGCAAGUCAUCCUCAUUAAAUAGUACUAUUCAGAAGAAACAGUUAGAUGGUCCAAGAACAGUUAAUGAGAAGUCUGAUUGGAGGAAAAAAGUAGAUUCACCUGUUGUGGAAGAUGCAAUUGACCACUUCACCAGACACAUAGUCUCUGAGUGGGUGACAGAUCUCUGGUACUGCCGUAUUACUUCUGAUAGACAGGGUCCAGAGGAACUUGUGCAGAUCAUGAAUGGUGUGCUAGGGGAAAUUUCAUGUCGGAUGAGAUCCAUCAAUCUUAUAGAUCUUUUAACAAGGGAUAUUGUCAGUCUAAUAUGCACUCAUUUGGAACUGUUCCGUACAUGCAAAUUGAGGAUUGAGAAAAAGAAUUCAAGAUCCUUGACUAUAGAAGAGCGAGAUCUGGAACUUAAACUGACGCUGGCUGCAGAUGACAAGUUACAUCCGGCUUUGUUUUCUCCAGAAGCUGAACACAAGGUUCUCCAGCAUCUUAUGGAUGGUCUCAUUUCGUUCACGUUCAGACCAGAGGACUUGCAGUGCUCUUUAUUUCGAUACAUUGUGAGGGAGCUUCUUGCUUGCGUUGUGAUACGACCAGUACUGAAUUUAGUUAACCCUAGGUUCAUUAACGAGAGGCUUGAAUCUCUAGCUAUUUCCUUAAAGAAGGCUGAUAAAGGACCUACUGCAGCUCAAACAGAACAGGAAUCAAGUCCAAGUGUAUCUGAAAAGGUAUCAGCAGAUCAUUUUUCUGGGGUGUUGGAUUCUUCUGCGAAGGGUCUCGAACUUGUUCAGUUUAGAAGGGACCAAACUAAUGAUACUAUGGAGAAUAAUACGAUGAACAAUGGGAAUGGAUCAGAUUUGUCAAAGGAUCCUUUGCUUUCGAUUGAUACACGGUCUACUCGUUCUUGGAGUUCUUUGCCGUCACAAACCAACACAGAUGAUGGGAGAGGUCUCCAGAAACACCGCUCUGGAGGAGAGUGGGGUGAAAUGCUAGAUUUGGUGUCACGUCGAAAGACUGAAACCCUGGCUCCAGAGAACUUAGACAACAUGUGGACAAAAGGAAGAAACUAUAAAAGGAAAGAAGAGGGCAAUCUAGCAUCAGAUUCACUCCAACAGAAUUCUUUGCUAGGGGCACCUAAAUCACAGGAGCACUUGAAGGGAAUGCUAAGACCGAAAGAGAGUGAGAGGGAAAAUAAGGUUAACGUGAACCAUUAUUUGAAUGCUAAUACCCAACCUUUUCAAUAUCAAGAGGAAGAUGAGCACAACUCAGAUGAGGUCGAAUCAGAGAGCACUAGUUCUUACACUACUGAUGAUGAGGAACCUAUUAGUGUGACAGGUCUUGAUUCUCCUGGUAAUAAAGUGUGGGAUGCAAAAAAUAGAAGGAAUACCAAUCACAUUCAUCAUCCACUUGAAAGUAAUGCUGGUCAUAAGACAAGAAAGGGAAAAGCUAGCAAAGGUCAUAUUCGCUCUAAGCACUUAAAUAAAGUACCAUCUGCGAGGAAAAAAUCCAGAGCAAGUAGCCAAACAGAGCAUGUAUGGCAAGAGAUUCAAAGAUCGAGCUUCUUAUUAGGGGAUGGACAUGAUAUAUUAAACUCUAAAGAUAAUGAGAAACCAGAUGUUCUGAGCGAUCACUCUGAUUCAGAAAUGCCUGGUAGAAUUUCAAGUGGCACCAAUGCAUCAUCAUCUUCUUUGUCAAGCAGCGUUCUCACUAAUCAGAAAAUGGAUGCUAAUUCUGUUAAAAGUUCUAUAAUUGCUGAUUCCUUUUUGAAGUUAACAUGUGAGGUCUUGAAUGCCAAUAUUGUAAAGAGUGGCUCAAAAACUUUUGCCGUUUAUUCCUUAUCUGUUACAGACGUGAACAAUCAUAGCUGGUCCAUCAAAAGAAGGUUUCGUCAUUUUGAGGAGCUACACAGACGUCUUAAGGAGUAUCCUGAGUACAAUCUUCAUUUGCCACCCAAACAUUUUCUCUCUACAGGUCUGGAUGUUCAAGUCAUUCGAGAACGAUGCAAAUUUCUUAAAGAAUAUAUGAAGAAACUGCUGCAGCUCCCAAGUGUUUCCAACUCCAUUGAGGUUUGGGACUUCCUCAGUGUUGAUUCGCAGACAUAUAGCUUUUCGAAUUCCCUUUCCAUAAUCGAUACAUUACCAGUUAACCUGGAUGAUACAGUACACAAAGUAAAUAAAGAACCUCUGCCCAAGAUUGGCCCAAGAACUGAUAUCAUAUUCUCCACGGCAGAGCAUGAUGCUGAAAGGAAGGAGCGAGUCUUGAUGCAUCAUCCUGUGGUGGAUGAAUCAAGAUAUGGCAAAAAAUAUGUCACACUGUCCCCUCCAAAAAGACCCACCAAAGGAGCUUUUGAGGAUUCAAGUAGUGGUUCCGACAAUGUACAAACAAAUAAAGUUCCAAUCCCAGCCACAGGAACGACGCUAAAAUCAGUUGAAACUAAUUCACAUGCCUCACAUAGAUCAUCCGAUUCCUUUGUUGAUGCUCCUGUUGAUUCCUCCCUUCCCGUAGAGUGGGUGCCUCCACAGGUAAGUGCACCAGUUCUAGACCUGGUUGACGUCAUUUUUCAGCUCCAAGAUGGUGGAUGGAUCAGGAGAAAGGCAUUCUGGGUGGCGAAACAGGUUUUACAAUUGGGAAUGGGUGAUGCAUUUGAUGACUGGCUGAUUGGGAAAAUCCAGCGUCUGCGCAGGGGUUCAGCAGUUGCUGCAGGCAUUAGACGUAUUGAGCAGAUUCUAUGGCCUGAUGGAAUAUUCAUAACAAAGCAUCCAAGUCGACAACGUCCUACACCAUCUGCCAGUCAAUCUGUUGGUGGUUCUCCAUCAAACCAACCUCCUACUCCAUCUGCCAGUCCAAUCGUUGGUUCUCCACAAAACCGACCUACUCCAUCAUCAUCACCAACGGUAGAGGAUAUCCAGAAACUGGAUGAGAUGCAACAGAAGGAAGCUGAACAGCGUGCUAACCUUGUAUAUGAGCUGAUGAUUGAAAAAGCGCCUGCUGCUAUUGUCGGACUAGUUGGUCACAAGGAAUAUGAACAAUGUGCAAAGGAUCUUUAUUACUUCAUCCAGUCAUCUGUGUGUCUAAAGCUGUUAGUCCUUGAUCUUGUUGAGCUGCUACUGCUGUCUGCUUUCCCAGAGCUGGAUGGCGUAUUCAACACAUUGCAUCAAGAGAAGAGGAAGUUUGGAGAGCUCAAAAUAGAUUAGUGUGUGCGAAUAUCGAGACAGUUGGUCCAUCUUUUAGAGAAAAUUAUAUCAAAAAAAAAAAAAACCAAAAAGUUUUUUCUUUUGUAUUUUCUUUCGCCGUGUCCCUCCUGGGAACUGAUUUCUGCAUACAAAUUUCUUUCCCUUUGGCACUCCCCGGGAAUCGAUUUUUUGCAUACAUGUCUUGUACGCUAGUUGUUAACCGGCAUGGAAAUUUUUUCUUUAGAAACACAAACUGUUAAAGUUGAGUUGGAAUCAUUUUCCUUGAGGGCAUGUAAAUUAGAUAUUUUUUUGGGAAGAUUGUAAACUAUAUUUUGACCAAUACCCUUGUAAAUAUCAGUAUAGCAUACAUACAUUCUUCAGCAACUUUGUAUU